CCUAUAUUCUUACAACCUAAAACCCUAAAACUCUUACAACCUUAAACCCUAAAAAAUUCUUAAUAACAACAAUGAACUCUCUUACAGUCCCAUGCUUCUUUCUCUUCUUCCUUUUCCUAAGUGUAGCUGCCCAAGAUAUAGCUGUGCCGGUGCUCGACUCCGAUGGAGACGAGCUCCAAGCCGAUCAGAAAUACACGGUUACUCAUGUUACUCAAGUCGCGGGGACUAAAGGCGGCCUUUCUCUCGAAUACAGUGGACCUAGGUGCCCGGCUUAUGUUACCGCAGAAGCCCGCGGGGUUAUAGGGAUUCCAAUGAUAUUUCACCCUGUGAAUUGUGAUGAAGGCCCGAUUUAUGAGUCGGCCACUGUAUACAUAAAGUUCACUUAUAAUCGUGUCUGUACCGAAGUUUCUGCCGUAUGGAAAGUGGAUGACUAUGUAGACGAGUCGACAGGGUUGUACUUUCUCAUCGCCGGAGGAACCAUCGGCGACAAGAGAAGUCAAUUGAAAAUCGUGAAAUCUUUGAAGGGAGACGAGGGCUACAGCUUUGUUUCGUGCGGUUUGAGCGAAUGCACGAGUAUUUUUGAGUAUUCUGAUAAGAAUCUGACCCGGUUGGCUCUUGGCAACGAUGAGGAUGCUGCGUCAAUAGUGUUUCACAAGUAUCUUCUAACCUCAACCUCCUCUAUCAUGUGAUAUGAAUAUGGAAGAUGGCCGAGAUCGUGGACAAUGAAUAAAAACACGUUGUAAUAAUGUUUGUUGUAAGAUAAUUAAGUACCUGUGUGACAAUAAUCUACCGAAAAGGUAGGGUUGAGUGUAUUAUAAGGUCUAAAUUCGAACAUUCUUGGUAUGGUAUAUAUGUUCAUAACCAUAUGUUGAAUAUUCGGUAUGUGCAAUUUCAUUGUGAGUGAUUUUCUAAUGCUCUACUUACGGAGCAAAUGAAUAUGCUAUAUGUGCAACUA